CUGCACCCCUGAGAAGGCCGUGACUGAAGGGGGAGCUUUCUGGCCCACGCCCACCUGAAGGGCCUCAGUUUCCUGCCCUGGACAGUGGGGCUGGGCACCCUGCGUUCCCACCCCAGCCCCCAGGAGGCCGAGACGGCGCGAAAGGGGGGCGCCCCUGGAUUCCUGCCCCAGGAGGCACCGGCUUGAGGCUGCUGUGACUUUCUCCUCUGCCCCCCUGCACUGCGAGAGAGGGGCGCGCCCCGGGGGGCUGCGUUCUGUCUACGGAGCCGGGUCGGGGAGCGACAUCUAGAAUCCCAGAUUCCCCCCCCUCCAGCGACUGAACGAUGGCGACCAACAUAGGCGACCAGCGAGCCUCUGAAUGGGCUCCCCAGUACAAUCUCGGGAACAACGCAGCCCGGGAAAACAGCAUGGAGGGGCAGGCACACGAGAACCCUGAGUGGGAGAAAGCCAGGCAGGCACUGGCCAGUAUCAGCAAAGCCAACGCCGCCUCUGGGACCAGCAAGGGCUCCAACAACGGACCGGCUAACACGCAGUAUGCCUCCCAGCAAGGAGACCCCAACGCUAUGCAGCAACAGCAGCAACAAUAUUACCAGUGGUACCAGCCGUACAGCUUCGGAUACCCCUAUAAUUACUGUUACCCAAUGAAUGUCUACCCAGGCUACAGCUUCCCCAACCAGUACGGGGUCGCAGGGUCGUAUUCCUCUUCGACGGCCCAGCAGCCGCAAGGGCCGGGCCAGCACCAAGGGAACGUGAACCAGCCCCCAGUCCCUGGCAUGGAGGAAGGCAUGGCCUACUCCAACCAACAGCAGCAGAUGGCCACCUCCAAUCCCCCGCAGCCGCCUCCACAGCAUGGCAACCACCCCGGGGGCGCCAUGGGCCAGCAGCAGGGUGGCUCGUCCGGGGGCCAGCACCUGCAGCAGAACUCCUCCGGCGCCUCCUACAGCCAGCACGGCUACUCAGAGGGGCCCAAGCCCAAGAAGGGGCAGCAGCUGUGGAACCGCAUGAAACAAGCCCCUGGAGCCGGCGGCCUGAAAUUCAACAUCCAGAAACGCCCCUUCGUGCUAACGAACCAGAACUUCGGGGCCUCGGACCAGCACGGCAACUUCGGGCCACAGCAGAACUCGGAGAAACAUCACAACCAAGGCUCGUCCGCUGGCAAACCGGAGGACUGGCCCCAGGACAUGAAGGAAUACGUCCAGCGCUGCUUCACCGCCUGCGAGUCGGAGGAGGACAAGGACCGGACGGAGAAGCUGCUGAAAGAGGUGCUGCAAGCCAGGCUGCAGGAUGGCACAGCCUACACCAUCGACUGGAGCAGGGAGCCGCUGCCGGGGCUGGGCAGGGACAGUAUGGCUGAGAGCCCCAAGAAGAAGCGCUGGGAGAUGUCUUCGCUUCACGCUCCCCGGGGCCCCAUGCCGGCCGGCCUGUCGCAGCAGCAGCAGCAGCAGCAGAGGGGCAAUGGUGGGGGCGGCGCGGUGGGCUCCCAGUCCCAGCGCGGUGGGGGUGGCGGGGCCAGCCGGGCCCGAGGGAACAGCUUCCCCACCAAAUUCGGGAACCGCAACGUCUUCAUGAAGGAGAACAGCUCGUCCUCCAGCGCCGGCUCCCGCUCCCGCUCGUCCUCUCGCUCGCCCAGCCGCCACUUCCGGCGCAGCGAUUCCCAUUCGGACUCCGACAGCUCCUUCUCCGGCACCGACUGCCGCCUGGCCAGCCGCAGGAGUGCGCCGAAAAACCGCGGCCGAGGGGGGCACAUGGAGCGGGGCCGCAUGAGGAUGCAGAGGGGUAAAAGGCAUGACCAGGGCCCCUCCAAGCGCAACCGCCGGCGGAACGCCAUGGACUACGAGGACCCCGAGAAGGAGUUCAAGAAGCAGCGGCGGGCGGCCCGCUUCCAGCACGGCCACUCCAAGAAGCUGCGCCUGGAGCCCCUCAUCCUGUCCAUCAACAGCCUGGACCCUGCCGGCUCGGAGAGCCUGGACUGGAACGAGCUGAAGAUUAUGGGCACCUGUCAGGAGAUCACCAAGCACUACCUACGGCUCACGUGCGCCCCAGACCCCUCCACCGUCCGGCCUGUCUCGGUGCUGAAGAAAUCCCUGUCCAUGGUGAAGUCGCACUGGAAGGAGAAGCAGGAUUACGCCUUUGCUUGCGAGCAGAUGAAAUCCAUCCGGCAGGACCUCACGGUUCAGGGCAUCCGCGCGGAGUUCACGGUGGAGGUGUACGAAACCCAUGCCCGGAUAGCGCUGGAGAAGGGAGAUCAUGAGGAAUUCAACCAGUGCCAGACCCAGCUCAAGUCUCUUUAUGCGGAGAACCUGCCGGGCAACGUGGGGGAGUUCACCGCCUACCGCAUCCUCUAUUACAUCUUCACCAAGAACUCCGGCGACAUCACCACGGAGCUGGCCUACCUGACCAAGGAGCUGAAGGCGGACCCCUGCGUGGCCCACGCGCUGGCCCUGCGCGCCGCCUGGGCCCUGUCCAACUACCACCGCUUCUUCAGGCUCUACCGCCAGGCGCCCUGCAUGUCCGGCUACCUCAUCGACAAGUUCGCCGAGCGGGAGAGGAAGGCGGCGCUCAAAGCCAUGAUCAAAACUUUCCGCCCGGUGCUCCCCGUCUCCUACGUUCAGUCCGAGCUGGCCUUCGAGGCUGCGGACGAGUGCCAGCUCUUCCUAGCCGCUCUGUCCCUGGUGUACACGGGCACGGACACAACCAAGAUUGACUGCAGGCAGAGCUUAGCAGUCCUGGCCAACUUCUAACCUCUCCCUCCCCGCUCCAAAGCCCCCCCUCUAAUCGCAACCAAAGGGUAAUGGCGGCUCGGUGUGUGCCACAGGCCAGCCACCGGGGCAUGCCCCCUGCCCCCACGCACCUCCGCAGACGGACGAGGGUAAGCCGGACAGCCACUGGACAGCUCCUCCAUGGCGUGCCGGGCAGGGGCCCACGCGAUGUUAAUGCUUUUCUUUAGUCUCUUGCCAGCGGAUCGUUCUCUGGGGGCACUGGGGCGGGGAGGGUCAGCCUGUCCUCCGCAGCAAAAUGCCCUCACCUGGCGUGACCGCCGUCCCGUUCGGCCAUGCCAGCCCGCGCCACCUCAGUCUUCGGCUCGGCGCACGCACGCCCGUGUUCGAAGAACCGCCCCUACCCCCAGCGAUCUGUGUAAAUGGUGUCGGGAGGAAUCAACUACGAAACGCAACACUCUUUCCUUUCCUCCCGCCCGGAGCAAUCGGAAGUGAACUCCGGAAGGAAAGAAAAACCAGAGCUUAGCUGGGCGGCCUAGUUAACCACCCUAGCAACAGGAAGCAAACGUCUAGAGCCGGCCGGUCUGGAAAUCUUUUCCAGAACUGUAGUCUAGAUCCUCCUGGCACUUUAAAAGCCAAGGAAACCAUUUCCUCUGUGCAAUGCUGAUCUCUUCUUGGAAAUGUGAUUUCUCUGUGUAUAUUUCUUCAGGAUAUGCUGUACAGAACCCCACCCUUCUAUGAUGUAAAUAAGGAGAUAAAUCCAUUGUAUUUUGUAAAGUAUCUUUUCUACUUUUUUUAAUUAUAAACUUUAGCAGGUCGGGAUGUGAUUUUUUUUUUUUUGUUGACUUUUUUGGGGGUUUUUUUUUUAAAGAGUAGAUCUUUUGUUGGAUGUUGUGUAUAUUUCCACCCUGAUCUGAAACUAACGUUGUCUCAGUUUUCUCUUUCUCUCUUACCCCUGCUUCUGAGCUUUUUGGCCAGCCUUGGAAAGAAAGCCAAAAAAAAAAAGGCACAUCUGGGCAAAAAGAGAAAAGAAAGAAAGAGAGCAGCGGCGGAGAAUGAAAGCCGAAAGAUCGAGCCCCGAUCGGCUUACCCCCCCCCGCCUCAGAGACUGUUGCUUAGAGACAUUGUAAGAAUCGGGGGAACCUGAUGCAGAGAGUGAAAUUGGGCUGACGCAGACCACGCAGCUGCUGGAAUUGGUCGUCCCUCCGCUAAUGGAUUCAACCAGUCGCCAGCAAAUCUUCCAAUCACGUCUAAGUUUCACCGUUUCUAUGUCCUGGAGUUUUUUUUGUCUAUGCUCAGUUUAGUUGAUUUUUAUUUAUUAUUCCCCCCCCACCUCCCCAUUUCCUCAGUUUCUUUACAGGUAACUUGGUAAUGAUUCAUUCCCUCCCCUUUCCCCGCCCUCAGUUUACUUGUCUUUUUAUUUUUAUUUUUUUUUCCUUUCUUCCUAUAGUCUCUUUAGCAUCUCAUUCUCCUCCCGAGCCUUCCCCCUUCCUUUCUUUUGUUGGACAUAUGUAACUUUCUGAUGUGCACUCGACAGCGUGAAUAGCUGGAUUUCAAAUGCUCUUUUUUUUUCUUUCCAGAAACUUUUCCUUUUUUGAGGAGUAUUUUUCUCGAAAUUGAAAAUUAAUAAAAACGACAAACGUAGGAAGAAA